AUGCCUGAUCGACCUACCAUCUCUACUGAAGGACAACUCGCCGUUCUGAACAUGGCCACGGAGGUCAUGUCUAGACUAGACACGGGCACGAUCAUUGACAGAGUUUCUCAACCGGUGCUGUGGCACACAGAUCUGCACAUGGGUAACAUCUUCGUGUCCUCCGAAGACCCAACAAAGGUCGUCUCGCUCAUCGACUGGCAGUCGAUUUCAGUCUCACCAUUGGUUCUACAAGCUCGCUUCCCGGAAAUUUUAUCUUUGGACCCUGACUUUGUCUUGGACUCAGCAAUGCCUGAUUUACCUGAGGAUUACGAGACUCUAGAUGCUGCUGAUAAGCAGAUAGCCGAGUUCAAGACAAGACAAGCCAGAAUGGCGAAGGCAUACGAAGUAGCUUCUUCAGUUCACAACCCGCAAGCAUACAAAGCCUUCUUCAUGCCCUCCUUCCUGCAGGAUCUUUUCACCAGAUGUGGAGAAGCGUCUGAGGAGGGUAUAAUCCCACUUCGGGCAUGUCUUAUACAGAUUGCCGAGGCCUGGGAUGAUAUUGGCUUCGAGGGUCCAUGCCCAUUGGAAUUUAGCGACGAGGAGAUCCAAAGGCACAGCCAGCAGUUCCAAGAAUACCGCGACUUCCAUAGGAUCCAAGAACUCGCUAAAAAGCUCCUCGACACUGAUUCUGAAGGCUGGAUCUCCCCCCAGCUUGACUUUACAUUAAAGGUACAACAGAAUAAGGACUUGCUAGAGGAACUCAUGCGCAGAAGUAACGAGUACAACAAGUCACCAGAGGAAGUCCGCAGGAUAUGGCCGUUCUGA